GGUCACUCAGCCAAGCCACACCGGGUCGUUCAUGAUCUUYGUACCAAGCACUGAAGGUACCCCAUCUUCUUUGCUUUAAAUUCUCCUGGAUUCCUGACCACUAAAACGACCUUUGAAUACACAAAACCAUAGCCUAAUCUCUACUCUAUCAGCUGGGCACGAUGGCGCAGAUACUGCCUAUUCGUUUCCAGGAACAUCUUCAGCUUCAAAAUGUUGGUAUUAAUGCUGCCAACAUAGGGUUUUCAACCCUUACCAUGGAGUCUGACAAGUUCAUUUGUGUCAGAGAGAAGGUUGGCGAAGUAGCUCAUGUUGUUAUCAUAGACUUGGCUGAUGCUAAUAAUCCAACAAGAAGACCUAUCUCUGCUGAUUCUGCCAUCAUGAAUCCCAAGUCUAGGGUCAUUGCCUUGAAAGCUGGAAGAACCCUGCAGAUUUUUAACAUUGAGAUGAAAAGCAAGAUGAAAGCCCACACUAUGACAGAGGAUGUAACCUUCUGGAAGUGGAUCAGUGUUAACACUGUUGCCAUGGUCACAGACACAGCUGUCUUUCACUGGACUAUGGAAGGUGACUCCCAGCCAGUGAAGAUGUUUGAUCGUCAUUCCAGCCUGGCUGGCUGUCAAAUAAUCAAUUACAGAACAGACAAGAACCAAAAUUGGCUUAUCUUGAUUGGAAUCUCUGCACAACAAAAUCGUGUAGUUGGUGCCAUGCAGUUGUAUUCUGUGGAGCGCAAAGUUAGUCAGCCCAUUGAGGGACACACUGCUGCUUUCUGUCCAUUCAAGGCUGAGGGUAAUGCCCAAGAAUCCAACCUGUUCUGCUUUGCUGUCCGAGGGGCUCAAGGAGGCAAGCUCCAUGUAAUUGAAGUUGGAACCCCACCAACAGGGAACCAAGCAUUCCCUAAGAAAGCUGUUGAAGUAUUCUUUCCACCAGAAGCUCAGAAUGACUUUCCAGUUGCCAUGCAGGUGAGUGAGAAGCAUGGAAUCAUCUUCCUCAUCACCAAGUAUGGCUACGUUCAUCUGUAUGACAUUGAGAGCUGUACAUGCAUCUACAUGAACCGCAUCAGUGGUGAUACUAUCUUUGUCACUGCUCCACAUGAUACAACUGGUGGAAUCAUUGGUGUUAAUAGGAAAGGACAGGUGUUGUCAGUGAGUGUUGAGGAGGAGAACAUCAUUCCUUAUAUUACCAAUGUCUUACAAAAUCCAGACCUUGCUCUAAGACUGUCUGUCAGAAACAACCUAGCUGGAGCAGAGGAACUCUUUGUCAGGAAAUUCAACAACUUGUUUAAUGGCAUGCAGUACUCUGAGGCAGCUAAGGUUGCUGCUAAUGCACCUAAGGGUGUAUUGAGAACUCCACAAACCAUCCAAAGGUUCCAGCAAGUACCAGCUCAGCCUGGACAAACAUCUCCUCUUCUUCAAUACUUUGGUAUUCUUCUGGACCAAGGCAAACUUAACAAGUUUGAAUCUUUGGAAUUGUGCAAACCUGUGCUUCAGCAAGGCAAGAAACAGCUUCUGGAAAAAUGGUUGAAAGAAGAAAAGUUGGAGUGCAGUGAAGAGCUUGGUGACUUGGUCAAACAAGUAGAUCCUACCCUUGCUCUCUCUGUGUAUCUCAGAGCUAAUGUACCUCAGAAGGUGAUCCAAUGCUUUGCCGAGACAGGUCAAUUCCAGAAGAUUAUCUUGUAUGCCAAGAAAGUAGGCUACACCCCAGACUACAUCUUUCUUCUCAGGAACCUGAUGCGUGUUAACCCUGAGACUGGUGCACAGUUUGCCACCAUGAUGGUACAAGAUGAAGGAGAGCCUUUAGCUGAGCUUAACCUUAUUGUUGAUGUGUUCAUGGAGACCAACCAGGUGCAAGCCUGUACUUCAUUCCUUCUUGAUGCACUCAAGAACAACCGUCCAAGUGAAGCUGCUUUGCAGACUAGACUCCUGGAGAUGAACCUCAUGACUGCUCCACAGGUUGCAGAUGCUAUUCUUGGUAACCAAAUGUUCACCCAUUAUGACCGCCCCCACAUUGCUCAGCUAUGUGAGAAUGCAGGACUGCUCCAAAGAGCUCUUGAACAUUACACAGACAUCUUUGACAUCAAGAGAGCUAUCGUCCAUACCCAUCUACUGAACCCAGAGUGGUUGGUGAACUACUUUGGUUCAUUGUCUGUGGAGGAUUCCCUGGAGUGCCUGAAAGCAAUGCUGACACACAACAUCAGGCAGAACCUGCAGAUCUGUGUUCAAGUUGCUACCAAGUAUCAUGAUCAGCUGGGCACCAAUUCUCUGAUUGAACUCUUUGAAUCUUUCAAGAGCUUUGAAGGUCUGUUUUACUUCCUUGGGUCCAUUGUCAAUUUUAGCCAAGAAGCUGAUGUACAUUUCAAGUAUAUCCAGGCUGCCUGCAAGACUGGCCAGAUAAAAGAAGUUGAAAGAAUCUGUAGAGAGAGCAACUGCUAUGAUCCUGAAAAAGUCAAGAAUUUCCUCAAGGAAGCCAAGCUGACUGACCAGUUACCCCUGAUCAUAGUGUGUGAUCGAUUUGACUUUGUUCAUGACUUGGUGCUCUACCUGUACCGCAACAACCUACAAAAGUACAUUGAGAUCUAUGUUCAGAAGGUCAAUCCCUCCCGUCUGCCAGUAGUAGUGGGUGGACUGCUUGACGUGGACUGCACUGAAGACAUCAUCAAGAGCCUCAUCAUGGCAGUCAGGGGACAGUUCUCCACAGAUGAACUGGUUGAAGAGGUAGAAAAGAGGAACAGAUUGAAACUACUACUGACGUGGCUUGAAGCAAGAAUCCAUGAUGGAUCUGAGGAACCAGCCACACACAAUGCUCUGGCAAAGAUCUACAUUGAUUCAAAUAACAACCCAGAAAGAUUCCUCAGGGAGAAUCCAUAUUAUGACAGUCGUGUUGUUGGUAAAUACUGUGAGAAGAGAGACCCUCACUUGGCUUGCAUGGCUUACGAGAGAGGACAGUGUGACCAGGAAUUGAUCCAGGUCUGUAAUGAGAACUCGCUUUUCAAGAGUUUGUCACGAUAUUUGGUGAGGAGAAGAGACCCUGAACUGUGGGCCAGUGUACUUGUGGAAACUAACCAGUACAGGAGACAGUUGAUUGACCAGGUUGUCCAGACAGCCUUAUCUGAGACCCAAGAUCCAGAGGAUGUGUCCUGCACUGUCAAGGCAUUCAUGACAGCUGAUCUGCCUAAUGAACUUAUUGAACUGCUGGAGAAGAUCGUGCUGGAGAACUCUGUCUUCAGUGACCACAGGAAUCUUCAAAACCUGCUGAUUUUAACAGCCAUCAAGGCUGACCGAACACGUGUGAUGGAGUACAUCACUAGGCUGGAUAACUAUGACGCCCCUGACAUUGCUAGUAUUGCUAUUGGUAGUGAGCUGUAUGAAGAAGCUUUUGCUAUCUUCAAGAAAUUCGAUGUCAAUACUUCUGCUAUCCAGGUUCUAAUCGAGAAUAUCCAAAACCUAGACCGUGCUUACGAGUUCGCCGAGCGAUGUAAUGAACCAGCCGUGUGGAGCCAACUGGCCAAGGCACAGUUACAAGAAGACAUGAUCAAAGAAGCUGUGGACUCUUUCAUAAAGGCUGACGACCCUUCCUCUUACAUGGAAGUCGUUGAAUAUUCUCAGAGGAAAGACAAUUAUGAGGACCUCGUACGCUACUUACAGAUGGCCCGUAAGAAGGCUCGUGAUACAUUCGUAGAGACCGAGCUGAUUUUUGCCUACGCCAAGACAAACCGUUUAGCCGAGCUUGAAGAAUUCAUUUCUGGACCAAAUCACGCCCAAAUUAGUCAGGUUGGUGAUCGUUGCUAUGAUGCUAAAAUGUACGAAGCCGCUAAGAUCUUGUACAACAACAUCUCUAACUUCGCCAAACUUGCUUCUACUCUUGUUCACCUUGGCGAGUACCAAGCUGCCGUGGAUGGAGCAAGAAAGGCUAACAGUACCAAGACAUGGAAAGAGGUGUGCUUCUCCUGUGUCGAGGGUGGAGAGUUCCGUCUUGCUCAGAUGUGCGGUCUUCAUAUCGUAGUCCAUGCUGACGAGCUAGAAGAGCUCAUCAACCAUUACCAAAACCGUGGUUAUUUUGAAGAACUGAUUGCCUUGAUGGAAGCAGCACUAGGUCUUGAAAGAGCGCACAUGGGUAUGUUCACUGAGUUAGCCAUCUUGUACUCUAAGUACAAACCAUCCAAGAUGAGGGAACAUUUGGAACUGUUCUGGUCUCGUGUUAACAUCCCUAAGGUACUUCGCGCAGCUGAGCAAGCACACUUAUGGUCUGAACUAGUCUUCCUGUACGAGAAAUACGAAGAAUAUGACAACGCCGUGCAGACCAUGAUGAACCAUCCCACGGUAGCCUGGAAAGAAAGCUUGUUCAAAGAUGUCAUCUGCAAGGUGGCUAACAUUGAACUGUACUACAAGUCCCUCCAGUUCUACUUGGACUUCMAACCUAUGUUGAUUAACGAUCUAUUGCUGGUACUGACUCCUCGUAUGGACCAUACCAGAGCUGUUGCUUUCUUUACUAAAGUUCAACACUUGCCAUUGGUGAAACCCUACUUGCGUUCUGUUCAAAGCCAUAACAAUAAGUCCAUCAACGAAGCCUUGAACGACCUUCUGAUAGGAGAAGAAGACUACAAUGGUCUGCGUGCGUCCAUCGAUGCGUUCGAUAAUUUCGAUAACAUAUCUUUAGCACAACGGCUGGAGAAACACGAGUUGAUCGAGUUCCGUAGGAUAGCUGCUUACCUGUUUAAGGGCAACAAUCGCUGGCAGCAGUCUGUGGAGCUAUGCAAGAGAGACAAACUUUUCAAGGAUGCCAUGAUGUAUGCUGCUGAAUCUCGUAACAAAGGGACGGCGGAAGACCUGAUCAACUGGUUCCUUGAGAUUGGCCACAACGAGUGCUUUGCUGCUUGUCUUUUCAUGUGUUACGAUCUGAUUAGCCCUGAUUAUGUACUGGAACUAGCCUGGAGACACAACCUUAUGGACUUUGCUAUGCCUUAUAUGAUACAAGUAUUAAAAGAAUAUAUAGAUAAGGUUGAUAAAUUACGCGCUUCUGAAGCGGAAAGAAAAGAUCAAGAAGAGAGCAAACAAGAUACUCCUAUAGUUUUUGGUAGUGAACAGUUGAUGAUAACGGGUGGUCCAGGCAUGGUUCCCGGUAUGCAGGCUCAAGGAGGCAUGAUGGGGAUGCCUCCACAACAACCAUUCGGCUACCAGCCAGGCUACGGCAUGUAACUCUCCCAAACCAUCAAAAUAUUACCAUUGAUCCAUUAGGCACAUAAUCACUUAGCUAGUUAUUCCUAUUCUCACUGUCAAUUUUAUAUCGUCAAUAAGAAGUCUUUUGUAGUCACACAGUCAUACUCUAUUCGAGAUUUCAACCGGAAAAGAUCACGCCCUGUACGGUGACAGAAAUCGUGGUGUUUAGAGGCGGGCAAGUGCAUGUUUUAUCCGAAAGACUAAAAUGGUGAAGGUCAAGGUCAUGAGCAUUAAUAAAUCUAAAUAGGUAACUUGAACUGUUGUAAGCCAUAAUAAAACUGUAAAAAAAACUA